AUGAAAAAUGGGUGGCAUCCUGAAAAGCCCGGCAGCAGCUUGAAAGGUCAAGUUAAAGGACUCGUUGGGAGAGGAAAGUCUGAGGACGAGGACCGAGGUAGUCACGUUUCUGUUCCGCUGUCUCAACUAAAGGAUCCUUCAAGCUUUGCACCACCUCCCAAACGCACCGGUUCCGGUCUUCUUCCACCACCUCCAAAGGCAGAGUCGGGGCCCAGAAAGGUUAUCACCGCUCCUUCGAAAUACCAGGAUCCGAGAGCACCGGCCCCUCAAGAACCCGUGUAUGCCGAGCCCGAGGAGGAAUAUGAGGAACAAUCCCAACAUCGUGGUCCUUAUCGCACAAAUACUACAGGUCUUUCAACAGAUAACCUACCGAAGCCUCCGGGCCGCAGAGAUGGCGCUGACGGACGUUCGGGGCAACCGCCUUCAUAUCAAUCUGCAAUGGCGGGUGUAGGAGGCGGAGGAAGAGCUGCACCUCCGAGCUUACCACCACGACUACCCCCUAGGACAAAUUCUGGGAGCACCAUUGCAAGCUCUCCCGCUGCUAGUCCUGCGCCCACGGGCAACGGUCUAUUGAACCAAGGAGCAGUCAAUCGCCUAGGUGCAGCGGGGAUAUCAGUUCCUGGCUUUGGUAUUGGCCGUUCCAGUCCGGCAGCCGAAGCAUCGCCUAGCCCACCUCAACCUCCACGACCUGGUGUCGCGUCACCACCUCCAGCACCUGCUGCAUCACACAUGAGUGAACUGCAGAACCGAUUCUCGAAGCUUGGAACAUCAUCUAGCGCUAGUACGGCACCACCUCCACCGCCUAGCGAGGGCACCACGUGGGCUCAAAAGCAAGCGGCUCUCAAGACCGCCUCAUCAUUCCAAAAGGAUCCUUCUUCGGUCUCUCUCUCCGAUGCUCGAGCUGCUGCCAGUACAGCCAACAACUUCCGCCAACGUCAUGGCGAACAAGUUGCUGCUGGAGCCAAAACAGCAAACAACCUGAAUCAAAAGUAUGGACUUCUCAACAAGGCGCAGAAUUCAUAUUCUAGGUUCCAAGGCAACCAAACACAAAGUCAAAAUGAAGAGACUCCCUCUGCACCAGCAUCGCCCGGAUUGGCCAGCGUUAUUGGAAAGAAGAAGCCUCCUCCACCUCCACCAAAGAAGAAGCCGGCUCUUAUGGGUGCUUCGGCUGCUCCCGCCAACGAUGAACCACCUCCCAUUCCUAUGGCAACCAGGCCACAAUUCUAA